AUGAUCCGGAUUAUAAUCAUUGGAGUGCUGGCAACUGUUGCCACCGGUCAAAUGUUUGGGGGUAUGGAUCUCUCCAGCAUGAUGUCAAAUAUCAACCCCGAAAUGCUGAAAGAUUUGACUCCCGAGAAAAUACAGGAUGCCUUGAAGAACCUUCCCCCCAACAUGAAGGACAUGAUGCAGAGCAUGGGAGUUGACGAGACUCAGCUUGAAGAAAUGGUAAAGACGCUUCCCAAAGACAUGGACCUGAGUGCCCUCGCUGACCAAGUGAAAGAUCAGACCGCUUUUGACGUGGACCAGGUCAAAAACGUCUUUAAAAAUAUGGGAUUUGAAGGCGAUUUGAAUGAAAUCAUUCCCCAAAUGAAGAAGAACCUGCUGAAACAGGUGCAGAGAGACCUAGAUAUCGAGAUUGAAGAUGUUGAUACCAGCGACAUCGUUCACAAGCUGAAGGAAAAGAUCAUGACUGACCUAGAGAAACAAGGAAUAGAUCUCAGCAACCCAGAGGAAUUAAAAAAAGAAAUUCUGGAAGACAUGAAAGUGUCUUACGGUGUUGAACCCAACAUGGACAACAAUGAGUUCAAACAUAUGAUCGUGAAGCACAUCAUUAGUGAUCUGAGGGACGAAGGGUUUGAUGUCGAUCCUGAAAAUCCAGAAGAAUCUCUAUUGAAGCUGAGAGAAAUCGCCUACGAAAAAGCCAAAGAAUUUGGAUUCGAUUUUUCCAACGGGUUCAAUUUCGAUUCCAUUAGGAGCAACAUUAUUGAAAAACUGAGGGCUUUCGGUGUUCCAGUUGACGAACCCAACAAACUUAUACCCUACAUCAUGGAGAAGGCCCAGGAGUAUUGGCCCAUGAUACAGGACAUGCUGAUGGCUCAAUCCAUGCCCAGUGUCCAACCUGUCCCCAUGGGACCCGGUCCCCAGUACGGUGCUCCUCUGACCUUGAACCUUGAGAUCAAUGUUGACGGUGGAGACAGGCCCACGAAUGUCGGCAUGCCUGCCAAUUAUUUCUCAUCCGAGGAGGAAGUUAGCGAGAUCCUACAAGAUCUUCUGCACUAUCGUACUCUGGCCAAGAGCCUGAUUGCCAAAAAUGGAAUGCUGCAACGCCGCAUCGAGGCCCUGGAGACUGGAAGACCUGUCAUGGCUAGGUCACCAAUGUUGAGCGCUCUAAUGCACAAAUAUCAUGAAGAGAACUAGGCCACGUUUACUCGGACGUCCUCGAUCGCAUGAAGUCGGCACCCUGGCCUCUAUUGAAAUACACCGGAAGAAAAGUUAACACAUGUCUAAAUGUGUAUUGUUGAAUAAAUUAUUAUUGAAAAUG